AUUAAGCAAGCGUGUUUCCCAUCUCAGGUGUUUGCGAUUCGCUGUGAGUGUCGGCAAGGAGUUCUGAAAAUAAGCAGAUUGUUUAUUUUCUUCGUCAAACAAAUGCUUGCAACAUGGUAAAUGUUAUGAAAGGAGUGCUGGUGGAGUGUGAUCCUGCUAUGAAACAAUUCCUGCUGCAUUUGGACGAAAAGCUGGCUCUGGGGCGCAAAUUCAUCAUCCAGGAUCUGGACGAGAACCAUUUGUUUAUCUCCACGGACAUUGUGGAAGUCCUUCAGGCGCGAGUCGAUGAUUUAAUGGAUCGGAUAAGCUUCCCGCUGCACGACAAGGACGCUUAGAAAACUCCCUAAACCAAUAAAACCCACCCGCAAGAACUAGAAACAAAAAAACAACCAUGACGGGUCGCGAAUCCAAUCGCAUUAAAGAUGCUGAGAAGAAGCGUGUUCUGGAUGUCACCGCUCGCCAGAGACGUGCGCGCAAAGCUCUGGAGGCCUUGGAGCAGGAUAAUUUCCACGAUGACCCGCACGCCGACCUGGUCAUGUCGAAGAAGUUGCCGAAAUUCCAGGACAAUUUGAAAACGGGCAA